ACAGAGAGAGACAGGCCUUUUCAGACGGCCUCCCUCACUCAAUCAUACACGUUUUAACACCAGUUAUACAGCAUGUCCCGUGGCAGCUUUGUUUUCACACCCACGGCCUUGCGCUCUCUUGCACAUGAUGAAGACAUGCUGGAGAGAUACAGGUACAAGAAGCAGUUGGCCUCCCACCAAUUCAGCAGCUACUUGUUGAAGAAGGAGGCCAGGGACAGGACACCUCUGAGGUCCGCCCUGCCACCAGCGGUCUGCCAGGAUGUGGUGGUCCAGAACGCUCUGUACACUGGAGACCUGGAGGCCAUGCAGCACUUCUUUCCAAGAGGUUCUACAGCAAACCUUCUCAUUGAGCCACAGGGAGGGGACAUGCGCUGGGUGGCCACAGGGGAAGGGCUGUGGUCGCUGACGUACGAGCAGGAGCUGACCACACCGAUCCACAUCACAGCCGGCCGGGGCUUCACAGACUGCCUCAAACUCCUGCUCCAACGUGGGGCCACCGUCGACCUGGCUCCAAGUGGCAACACCGCCCUGCACGAGUCCUGUGUAAACUGCCAGUCAGAGUGCACCAAACUGCUGCUGAUCCAUGGCGCCAACGCUAACGCUGUCUCAGAGGAUGGCCACAUGCCUUUGCACAUGUGUCUAAAACCUGAAUCUCUACAAUGUGCCAAGUACCUCAUCCAGUAUGGCGCAGCGAUCAAUGGGCGCACUCUAGAUGAAGAUGACACUCCUUUACACACUGCAGCCAGGAACGGCCUCCAAGAGCACGUUGACCUUUACCUACGCUACGGGGCCGCCGUGGACAAACCCAACAACGAAGGAGUCACACCCCUGAACGCUGCCUGCUCACAGCCCCAAGAGGUGAAGGACCUUGAACGUUACCUCAAAGUGUGCAAGCUGUUGCUGGAUGCAGGAGCUGACGUCCACACCCAAGACCAGGACAAACACACUCCUUUACACAUGGCCUGUAAGAAUGCAAAUGCAGAUUUAGUAGAUUUGCUGUUGGAUAAUGGUGCCUGUGUUAACAACAUGGACUAUGGGGGUGAAGCUCCCAUGCACAACAUCCUGAAGGUGGUCUGCUACAAGAUUUCCCAUCAGCCUGAGAGGGUUGUCCGUGCUCUGCUUAACCAUGGGUCUAUUCGGGUGUGGCCUGGAGCUCUGCCCACGGUUCUGAAGCACUGUUCUGCAUCUCCACGCACCAUCGAGGUCCUGCUGAACGCCUACACCCGCCUCAGAGUCACAGACACAUGGGUUGAGUCGGUGUCACCAGAGGUGUUUAAGGAGCACAAGGAGUUCUAUGAGUCAGUGUUCUGUUUGGCACUGACUCCUCGUUCCCUGCAGCACUUGGCACGUUGCAGUAUCAGGAGUUUUCUGGAGGGUCAAGUGCCUAAGGUGGUCCCCAAACUCGGUCUGCCCACCUUCCUCAAGAACUACCUGCUGCUGGAGUACAGAGGUUAUGUCCACUGAGAGCACUCUGAGCAGUUUUAGUGUGAGAUAAAGACUGACCGCUGCUAAAUAUGACACUGUAAGCACACUGAGUAUGAAUACCCACUGCACACUGCACAAUAGUAUUUUAAAGACAUCAGACAUGCAGGAGCUUUGCAGGAGCAAGCAGAAACUGUUCGUUUUGACACCUCCUGUCCAAAUUCCCUUGACAAGCACAGGUUUGAGUUUUCACCACAAGAGGGAGCUACAGACUAGAGUUGUAUCAGUCCAAUAGGCUAUAGUUGUAAUAGUGUGCGUUUUGAUUGUAUCUCUUUUUUGAUCACAUUUUCACCUCUGCACUUUAAAUGUAUGACGCUAAGCUGCUUGUGUAUAUUUAUACAAAUUUAUAUUAAUGCUAGUUUAGUUUUAAUGGGCAUAGUAAAUUGUGUUUUUACAUUGAAAAUUGUUAUGCAAUAUUUGCAUAAAGAAUUAUGUCAAGUGUCUAUUGUGGCUACACUUUGAUGUAAAA